GAAGAGCUGCCCAGUUUUGACUCCAAAAUGAUGAUAGUCAAGAACCGGUGCCUAGGAAAAAAGGUGACAUCCAAACCAGGAUCAUCCACGGUACCGAACGCAACCCAAGCAUCGUCCCCGGCGCAGACGCAGGCGCCGCAGCAAAACCUCCAGUCUGCGCAGACGACUCAUUCCUUUCCUUCCGUCACCCCCGACCUCAUCGUCCAGACCCCAGUAAUGACGAUGGUGCCUCCUCAACCUCCUGCGCCGCCUCCCCCUGCUCCCCAGGCCCCUGCGCCGCCAGCCCCGGCUCCCCAGCCCAUCCAACCUCACCCUCCCGUUAUCCCAACACCCGCCCAGCCCGUGAAGACAAAAAAAGGGGUGAAGAGGAAAGCAGACACCACGACACCAACAACCAUCGACCCAAUUCAUGAAUCGUCAUCGCUGCCCGCCGAACCCAAGUCCACCAAGCUGGGUCCGCGCCGGGAAAGCAGCCGCCCGGUGAAGCCUCCAAAGAAGGAUGUUCCAGAUUCUCAACAACACGUGGUAGAAAAGAGUAGCAAAAUAUCCGAGCAGUUAAAAUACUGCAGCGGAAUCAUCAAAGAGAUGUUCGCCAAGAAACACGCUGCCUACGCCUGGCCCUUCUACAAACCUGUGGAUGUGGAAGCACUGGGACUGCACGAUUAUUGCGAUAUCAUUAAACAUCCCAUGGAUCUGAGCACAAUCAAAUCUAAACUGGAGAACCGGGAAUACCGAGAUGCUCAGGAAUUUGCGGCGGAUGUACGAUUGAUGUUCUCCAAUUGCUAUAAGUACAACCCCGCUGAUCACGAGGUGGUGGCCAUGGCACGGAAACUGCAGGACGUGUUCGAGAUGCGCUUCGCCAAGAUGCCGGAUGAACCAGAAGAACCUGUGAUUCCAGCUUCUUCGCCCGUGGUGGUGCCACCUCCCACCAAGGUGGUUCCCCCUUCGUCUAGCGAUAGCAGCAGCGAUAGCUCCUCCGACAGCGACAGCUCAUCGGAUGACUCUGAGGAGGAGCGAGCUCAGCGGUUAGCAGAGCUCCAGGAACAGCUUAAAGCAGUGCAUGAACAGCUUGCAGCCCUGUCCCAGCCACAGCAGAACAAACCAAAGAAAAAAGAGAAAGACAAGAAGGAGAAGAAGAAGGAGAAGCACAAAAAGAAGGAAGAGCUGGAAGACACCAAGAAAAGCAAAGCCAAGGAACCGCCAUCCAAGAAGGCCAAGAAAAACAACAGCAACAGCAGUACCUCCAG